AUGUCUAAGUCGAUUACUAUGGAAGAGGUGAAGCAGCAUACUUCUCAGGACUCUGCCUGGGUUGUAAUCAAGGGUGACGUUUACGAUGUCACUGAUUGGCUCGACCAGCACCCUGGCGGCAGCAAGAUCCUGCUGAAGAACUCCGGCAAGGAUGCUACUGACAAGUUCGAGAACUACCACCCCGAGAAUGUGUUGAAGGAUGUCGGUUCGAAGUACAAGAUCGGUACUCUGGCGGACAAUCCGAAGCUCUGA